AUGUUGUUUAACUUAGAAGGUGUUGCAGCAUCCUUGGAAGUGUCAGAGAGCCCUGGGAGUAUCCAGGUGGCCCGGGGUCAGACAGCAGUCCUGCCCUGCACUUUCACUACCAAUGCUGCCCUCAUCAACCUCAAUGUCAUUUGGAUGGUCAUUCCACUCUCCAAUGCUAACCAACCUGAACAGGUCAUUCUGUAUCAGGGUGGACAGAUGUUUGAUGGGUCUCCUCGGUUCCAUGGUAGGGUAGGAUUUACAGGCAUCAUGCCAGCCACCAACGUCUCUAUCUUCAUUAACAACACUCAGCUAUCAGAUACAGGCACCUACCAGUGUCUGGUCAACAACCUUCCAGACAGAGGGGGCAGGAACAUCGGGGUGACUGGUCUCACAGUGUUAGUUCCCCCUUCUGUCCCACACUGCCAAAUUCAAGGAUCCCAGGAUAUUGGCAGCGAUGUCAUCCUGCUCUGUAGCUCAGAGGAAGGCAUUCCUCGGCCAACUUACCUUUGGGAGAAGUUAGACAAUACCCUCAAACUACCUCCAACAGCCACUCAGGACCAGGUCCAGGGGACAGUCACCAUCCGGAACAUCAGUGCCCUGUCUUCAGGCUUGUACCAGUGUGUGGCUUCUAACGCCAUUGGAACCAGCACCUGUCUUCUGGAUCUCCAGGUUAUUUCACCCCAACCCAGGAACAUUGGAUUACUAGCUGGAGCCAUUGGCACUGGUGCAGUUAUUACCAUUUUUUGCAUUGCACUAAUUUUAGGGGCAUUCUUUUACUGGAGAAGCAAAAACAAAGAGGAGGAAGAAGAAGAAAUUCCUAAUGAAAUAAGAGAGGAUGAUCUUCCACCUAAAUGUUCUUCUGCCAAAGCAUUUCACACUGAGAUAUCCUCCUCAGAGAACAACACAUUGACCUCCUCCAAUACCUACAACAGUCGACACUGGAGCAAUAAUCCAAAAGUUCACAGAAACACGGAAUCAUUCAAUCACUUCAGUGACUUGGGCCAGUCUUUCUCCCUCCACUCAGGCAAUGCCAACAUACCAUCCAUUUAUGCCAAUGGGAACCACCUGGUCCCAGGUCCGCAUAAGACUCUGGUAGUGACAGCCAACAGAGGGUCAUCGCCGCAAGUUGUGUCCAGGAGCAAUGGCUCAGUCAGCAGGAAGCCUCAAUCUCAGCACACACACUCCUACACCAUCAGCCAUGCAACGCUGGAGCGAAUUGGUGCAGUACCUGUCAUGGUGCCAGCCCAGAGUCGGGCCGGGUCCCUGGUAUAGGACACGAAGGGAUGUUGUGUUCAGAAACAAUAAAUGGAAUUCCCCCAUUCAAGGGGGAGGGGUGGGGAGUGCUGGGAAAGAAAGAGUUUCCUUAUAUUAGUAAAAAGUACAACGAAGAAGGCACCAUUGUUACCUGGCCACUAAGAGGUGUGAAAUGGACUGGAAUGUUUCACCAUGAAGACUUGUUUCUCCACCACAGAUUCCUGGGAUUCUGUCCAAAAAGCUGUAUUUCAAAGAUGUGCCAAGCCAAGGAAAAAGAUAUAAGAGCAGAAUUUUACUUAAAACCCAAACUGAAAUCCAGAUGGACUUGUUCUUUAAUUCAUGCCUAACUUAAUACUUUUUAAGAGACUGAAGUGCCAGAUGGAGUUUAAAUAUUGAAAUUACUUAAAAAGAUUUAGGUGUCCUUAAGAAAAUAAUGAGCAACCCUAUGACAUGUUCUGCCUGUCUCUAUUCCCUCAUUAUGUAGAGGGCUUCAUGGCUUAAAUGGUUCAUACUGGUCCCCACAGGACUGGCUCUUCUAUCAUAUAAUCAAAACUUUUUACACAAACAAAAUUCAAUAAGAAAUGGAAUAACAAAGGAGACUUCUUUGAGAAGCCCCUACAUAUUUAUUUAUCUCUUCCGGAACCAUGAAUUUCAUAUUUGGAAUAUUGCUGUAUUGACAGAUUCUUGCCUGUCUGUGUUAUUCUAGGAUCUGUAACAGGUCCAUGGCAAUUACUGUGUAUCUUUUCCUGGAAAAAUAUUUUUUUAAAAGAAAACUACUGGAGUUUUUUUUUUUUUUUCUUUUUAAAAAAAUAUAUGAGAGCCAUUGGGCUAAGAAGGGAAAGACUUGUUUCCUUGUUCAGUGAUUGUGUUUAAUGAGGCCACAGGUGGUCUGUCAUGUCAUUAAAGAUCUAGGUUUAUGGGCAUGAAGCAGGUCUGAGGUAUUGAAGCCUUGCUGGGCAGCCUGUCAGAGCAAGGCUGUCCAGGUGUCCCUUGCUGUCUCAUUAGGUUACUCUUAAUGAGGACAGCACCUGAUGCCUUUUGUAUUGAGGUAGAUAACUUUCUCCUUGUUUGACAAGUUAGAGGUUACUUGUCAGGGCAGGAAUUGUUUUUUUUUUUUUCUUUUCAAAAUAAUUCUUUUUGCAAAAGAGAUAAGACUGAGACAAAAGGGAUAUCUUCUGAUGUGAUGCUCCUGGGAGGGUCUGCCCUGUGUCUGUGACAGCUUAGGGUCUCAAUGUUGCCUAUAUGCAUUUUAUACUACUGUGAAGAGACUCCUUUUGUGGAUAUUACCUGACUUGGCUGGCUUUGCAGUUCACCAGAUUAAUUUACAAACUCCCCACUCGAUUUUGUGCUAUGUAAAUCUAGCCGUACUUGUAGGGGUGACUAUCUCGCCUUAAUCAUACUUUCAGCAACCUCCAAAUUUGUUUCCUAAAUUAUUUAUAAUAUUCAUCCCAUAAUUGAUAAGUGUCUUUUUUUCCUGGAUGUAUUCUCUCACUCCCUCAUCCCACCAUGCUUUUUGCCCCCUUUCCUGCAAGGGUAGUCUUCACAGAGAGUGGCCUCCUGGCAUUUUUUCAUUUAUUUGAAUGAAUGGAACCCAGCUGCUGCAUAUAAUAUUCUUUAAAGAGGGCCACGCUCAGAACCUAACCACUGCAACCAUUUCAAUAUAGAUAAAAAGUUGAAUUUACUUUAGUUUUACUUAUUUUUUUCCAUUUGGUGAUUCUUACUUUGUAAAAAUUUAAAUAAAUGAAUGUCUAUACUUUUUUAUAAAGAAAAGUGAAAAUACCAUGACACAGAAAGAUGAUACUAUCAGAUGCUAUUUAGAAUACAUUUAUCUUGCAUUCUUUAUUCUAAUUAUCUAAAAUUCAAUAAAGGUUUAUUCAUAUAAAA